GCACAGAGGCUCCCCUGGGGCUGCAGGCCUCCACGUGGGCGAUGGGGCGGCCUGUGGCCCGGCUCCCUCUCCUCCUUCUCCUGCUCAGCAGGCAGGGCGCUGCCUGCGGAACCAGUGGGUGCUGUUUCCAGGACACGCCACAUCCGGACGCAGACUCAGGUUCCGCUUCGGGCCCCAAGGACCUGAGCUGCUACCGGAUAGCCAGCGCCCUUUACGAAUGCUCCUGGUGGUACGAGGGCCCCACGGCUGGCGUCAGACACUUCCUGAUGUGCUGCCUUAGUCCCAGACGCUGCUGCUACUUCGACGCGGGCUCGGCCACCAGGCUGCGGUUUUCCGACCAGGACGGGGUGUCUGUGCUCCACACCGUCACACUCUGGGUGGAAUCCCGGGCCGCAAACCAGACAGAGAAGUCUCCUGAGAUCGCCCUGCAGCUCUACAGCACAGUUAAAUAUGACCCUCCCCUGGGAGACAUCAAGGUGUCCAGGCGAGCGGGGCAGCUGCUGAUGGAGUGGGAGACCCCAGCCCAGCAGGACGGUGCCGUGGUGCAAUUUCGGCACCGGACGCCCAGCGGCCUGUGGAAGUUGGGCGACUGUGGACCCCAAGAUGAUACGGAGUCCUGCCUCUGCCCCCUGGAGAUGGAAGUGGCCCAAGAAUUCCAGCUGCGACGGCGGCAGCUGCGGCUGGGGGCCCCAGGAGGUCCCUGGAGCAGCUGGAGCAGCCCUGUGUGCAUCCCCCCUGAACGCCCCCCACAGCCCGAGGUGAGGUUAUUGGUGGAGCGGCUCGGCGAGGAUGGGAGGAGGCGGCUGAGCCUGCGCCAGCAGCCGAAGCAGCAUCAGCUUCCAGAAGGCUGCCAAGGGCCGGCGUCUGGCGCAGAGGUGACCUACCGAGUCCGCCUGCACAUGCUAUCCUGCCCCUGUAAGGCCAAGGCCACCAGGACCCUGCGCCUGGGGAAAGCGGUCUAUCUUUCGGGUGCUGCCUACAACGUGACUGUUGUCUCCCGGAAUCGAUUCGGCCCUGGCCCGAACCAGACGUGGCACAUUCCUGCCGCCACCCGUGCAGAGCCGGGGGCUCUGAACAUCAGCGUCGGAGCCCACGGGACCAGCAUGCACUGGCCAGCCCGGGCUCAGGGCACAACGUACUGCAUCGAGUGGCAGCCCCGGCGCCAGGACGGGGGCCUGGCCACCUGCACCCUGACUACGCCCCAAGCCCGGGAUGCGGCUGGAACGGCAACCCACAGCUGGAGCCGAGCACCCAGGGCGAUGGGGCACGAGGAGUGUUACCAGAUCACGAUCUUUGCCUCUGCACACCCGGAGAAGGCCACAUCAUGGUCUACGGUCCUAUCCACUUACCACUUUGGGGGCAAUGCCUCAGGGGCCGGGACCCCGCAUCACAUCUCGGUGAAGAAUCACAGCCCGGACUCGGUGUCUGUAGACUGGACGCCGUCGCCGCUGAGCUCCUGUCCUGGCGUCCUGAAGGCGUAUGUCGUGCGCUGCCGAGACGAAGACAGCAACCAGGUGUCGGAGCAGCCCGUGAAGCCCACAGAGACCCAAGUCACGCUCCGUGGCCUGCGUGCUGGCACAGCCUACACGGUCCAGGUGCGAGCAGACACGGCACAGCUCAGGGGUGCCUGGAGCCAGGCCCAGCACUUCAGCAUCGAAGUCCAGGUUUCCGAUUUGUUCAUCCUCCUCGCGUCUCUGGGCAGUUUCGUGAGCAUCCUCCUCCUGGGAGUCCUUGGCUACUUUGGCCUCAACAGGGCUGCUCGGCACCUGUGCCCGCUCCUGCCCACACCCUGUGCCAGCUCUGCUGUCGAGUUCCCCAGCAGCCAGGGGAAGCAGACUUGGCAGUGGAUCACCCCGGCGGACUUCCAGGAAGAGGUGUCGCUACAAGAUGCCCUAGUGGUAGAGGUGUCCUGGGACAAGUGUGAGGGGACAGAGCCUCUCAAGGAGAAGACAGGGCUGCCCUGGGGUGUUCCCAAGCUGGCCCUGGCCCCAGAGCUGUCCUUGGAGGAUGGAGACAGGUGCAAGGACACCCCAAGGCCGAUGUCCUGGGGCCCAGAGGGCAGGGUGGUCAGGGGGACAACCGUGCCCAGGCGGAUGGACUCCUGCUGUUCCCAGGAGACGUAACGCAGAGACCCAGGAUUGGGACACUUGGUGCCCCUAGAGGCCCGAGGGAGAAACGGUCACAUCCACUUUGUCUUACAGACAGGAACACUGACCGUCGCAAUCAUGAUGGCUGGUUAUUAAGCACUUAUGGUAUACCCAGCCCGUUCCAUCCAGACACUCU